GGUACGUUAGUCAGAUCGUUUUAAUGUGGAGUGCAGUGUUUCGUAAGGUAGCUGGCAACAGCUAGAGGAAACAACGAUCCCGGAACUGUCGAACUGUCGUCUUGACAGCUGUUCUCUAAUCCACCUCGUACAUCUUUGCUGUGGUACGAAACAUCAUAGUCAAGUUGCUUUUGAACAGAGCGCUGCCAUUGUGCGGUUAUUGAGCUAGCAAGCACGGCACAUGGCCACAAUCAACUUUCUCCGGACCAGUGGGAUUGCGCAGCUGCACAUAGAUACCAUUACCCGAGCCUGGUAGCAAACCCCAGGUCGAAGCGCCAUCAUCACCCGCAACCAUGUUUCAGCGAUUCAAGAACGCCCUCGACCAGUCCAUUGCGCAAGAGCAGGCUCGUCACAAGGCCCUAUCCGAACAGCGGGCUUCCUCUCCUUCGGGCAGCUCCACUCCGAACCGUCGCUCCGGCUCUGUCUCGCGGACUAACAGCUCCAAGGACUCAUCGGCGCGGCGCAAGACGAAGAAGUCCAGUCAGGAUAUCUCGAAUGGCGACAAUGGCCUCAACCCCGAUCCCGCCGUUUUUGAGGCUGCAUUCGCCAUUGGUGACGACGAAACCGACACGCGCGCAAGUACACCGAAACCACCAGUCCCCGACAAAGAUGUGACGGAAGACAAGGAGGCGUCAGCAGCUGCCGGCGACAGAAGUGAGGAUACCAAGGAGGCUUUGGAAGGCGAGAACAAGGGAUUCACCCCAACCGUGACCGUUACAGACUCAAAUGGCAACGAUGCAGCAUCCGCACCCGCAUCCACGCCUGCUGAUCUGCCUCCUGAAGUCAAGGCGAAGCUGAGGAAGCUUGACAAGCUCGAGAAGACAUAUCCGGGUACGCUUCUUCGGACGCAUGUCUGUUUUCUGGUUUCUUCGACGUGGACAUACUAACCAUCCCCGUGCGACAGAACUUCUUCGUUCAUACCGCAU